ACCCAACAACAGCAGCAACAACCACACCCUCCAAUGUCGUUAAUAGAGACCCACAACCGCAUCCCGCUGUCCACCCUCCGGGAAACCUACCUCCCGUUGAUGCCGCGCCCGCCGGAGCCGUCGCACUCGAUAACCCUGGAAACGGCCAAAACGCUGCCGGCCGAAACCUUCAAGGCCUGCUUCGACCUCGUCCAUGAAUGCAAGGACAUGUACAAGCGGACCAUCGGGUGGUCGGCCACCGCGAAAAAGAGGGAAAUGAAGCACCCGGCUAUGCGCUACUUGAUUCUCUCAGCGGCGGGGGGUGGUGGGAAGACGGUCGCGGUAGGGUUUCUGAGUUUUAUGAUUACGGAGGAGGAUGGAUUUGAGGUUGUUUACUGGUAUAGUGCCCGUGAUUUAUGCCUUUCGUUGGGCGAGCGGGAGGAGGAGGGCUGAUUCGGGGUAGCUACGAACUUCACCUCGCGCAGGAAGUGCGGAAUCGCGGGUUAGGUAGGAUAUUGGUUGAGGUUAUGGAGGGGUUCGGGAAGAGGGUGGGCGUGGAGAAGGUUAUGCUUACGGUGUUCCUGGAGAAUGAGGGUGCUAGAAGAUUUUAUUCCAAGUUGGGGUAUGCCCGGGAUGAUUUCACGCCGGAUGAUGUUGUGGGUAGGAAUGGGAGAGUUAGGAAGGUUGGGUAUGAGGUUUUGUCCAAGGGAUUGAAGGAUUGAAGUGGGCGAGCGCGCGAGCAUCGGGAGAAGGGGGGAUCUCGGGUGCGUGCAGCUGGCGGCGGUUCAUGCACCGGUACUGUAUGAUGGCUAGCUGCGGUAAUGGGCAUUCCAUCACGGUUUGCAGGAUCGGGAUUGCGUUCGAGGAUAUAAUACGGUGACAGAGCAAGUGUAGGAUUAUAGCGUGUUCCACGGGUAUAUAUAUAUUAAUUUCUGUUUAUCUGCGUUCUGAGUUAAAAAGAACAUGGUUUCAUACCAUACAAGUGGGACCU